AUGGGCGAGAUCUUGAAGCAUGAAGAUGGAGAAAACAAGAUGGUGAAAUUUCCGAAAGAGGAAAGUGAUACAGUCAGCCAGAUGCUCAAGGAUGCCAAGACCUUUCUGGACUUCCACUACGACCAGGUGAUCUUUCACGGAGCCCGAUUUGGAAAAGGCAUGAAGACCAUUUUGGCUCCCAAGUUCUCCAAAGGAACUUUGAUCACAUGGCCAGAAGGUUUCUUGGGCAUCUCCGUGACUGAGCACAACACCGACUCCAACAUCCACAUCAAGGAGCUCUUUGUCAAGAACAUCGACAAGCUCUGUCAUCUCUAUCUCUACGGCUAUGUGCAGUACCAGAACGAUGACUCAUGGAUCACAGCUCGAAUCUCGAGACCACCUGUGAUCAAACCUGACAAAGACCAACCUGACGAAGAUGCAAUGUCUACUGCCAACUCUCCUGAGCUACAACAUGGUGAAUCCACUCUGAAGCGCCAAGGUCCUGACACCAGAACCGUGACCUUGGCACCUGAACGAAGGCGACAGAAGCUCCAUCUCAGUUCUCUUUGGUGGAUGCUGCAACGACCAAAGCAGAUUCAACUUCCUCCUGACGACAUUUGGUUCGAAGAACAUCAACGAUGGAUGAGGAAGAAACUACUUGCUCUUCCUGCUGAACAUCCUCGAGUACGACAACGGCCUCUACUCCACUUGCAUUGCCGCACUGAGGCAGACCUUCGGAUCUACCUGUCUGAUGGUGGAAUCUACCGAGUUGACGAAGACACUGACGUCUUGGACGAAACGAAGGUCCUCCAACAUUGGCCUGACUUCGAGGCCAGCGACAAGGCAGAACUCAAGCAGUUCGUGGAUGAGAAGGUCUUCAGAAAGGUCCUCUUGGACGACUUGCCUCAAGGAACUGCCUUGGUGGAUGCCACAUGGGUGCGAAAGUUCAAGCGCACCGCCAACAAAACCUUGAAGGCUAAAAGCCGACUUUGUGCCCGCCUGACCUUCAAGCGCACCAAGGAGAUCCUGCAGAAGAGAGCUGUCGUGGUGCCUGAUCGACAAGUGGCAAUUGUGCCUCCUCCAAACGUGUGGCAUCACCUUGCCUCCUUUGACCCGCACUUUGCAGUGGCUGAAGGUGAUGAGAGCCGAUGGGCCCUACUAUGUGAGAAGGCUUCCUAUGGCCUGGUUGAUGCCCCGCUCGCAUGGCAAUUGUCGCUCUUUGAGACUCUUGAAGAAGGUGGAUGCUGCCAAUCCUUGCUGGAUGAAAACAUGUGGCACAAGAAGUGCCCUACAACUGGCCGACUUCAAGGAGUUCUCACCACUCAUGUGGAUGACAUUGCCGUUGCGGCGAAUGACAACUUCCUUAACGAGCAGUACAAAUUUCUCACCAGCCGAUUCGGCAAGAUCAGCGAGGAAAAACCUCCUUUUCAACACUGUGGAGCCCGCUACUCACAGACCGGUUCGACCUUCCAGAUUGACCAACAGGAGUUCAUCGACUCCAUGAAGAUCCUUGACCUGAAGGACUUUGGAAAUGACAUGAACCGGCUGCUGAAUCCAAAAGAGGUGUCUAUGUUUAGAAGUGUGCUGGGCGGUUUGCUGUGGAUCACCUCAACCAGACUUGACUUGGUUGCAGAGAUUGGUGUGUUGCAAUCCAGAGUGACCAAAGCAACUGUCCAAGACAUGCACAUGGCGAACGCCAGUGUCAAGAAGGCCAAGAUGGUACAGUACCGCGGCCUGGGGAUCACCUUCAAGCACUUUCCAACUUCAGUGCCCUGGCGAUUGGUUGCAGUUCACGAUGCAUCCUCAGCAUCGAAGGGACGAGCCUACUCGCAAGAAGGUGUCAUGAUCCUUUUGAUGAGAGACAACCUCAACUUUGACAAGCGGAUCCACUCCAUUACUGGGCUGGAAGUGAGCGAAAAGCCCUCACUACAACAACUUGCUGCUCUACAAGAAGCUGGAGUUCCAUUUCUACCUGUGGAUUCCAUGACGGAUUGCAAAGACCUGUAUGCCUUGACAACAGGUCGCACUGCCCUUCCUCAAGACAAAUCUCAGCGAGUCUACAUUCUGGCUCAUCGUGAAGCUCGACUCUGUGGACGUCUUCGCUGGAUCAUCCUGGUUCCAACACAGUCUAUGGUGGCAGAUGCAUUGACGAAGCCGAUGCUGAGCAAACAGCUUCUGCAUCUACUUUCGACUGGCCAGGUGAUUUUCAUGAAUCAGGAAGGACAUCCUUUGGAAGCCCGUCGACUGCCUCCAACAGCAGACUUCACUGAAGAUGACCUCUUGGAUGGCGAUGAGAAAUGGAUCAGCUACUUGACACCCAAUGACAUCAAGCGGAUCCAGAACUAUGCUUCUUCCUGGACAAGACCUACAUCGACCUGGAGCUCUACGCCUGGAACUUCGAGCGCUACAUCCUGGACUAUGCCAACUUCGAGCUCUACAACAUGGACUUCCCGGACGAGCCUUGCGCUGCUGGCGAUCCUAUGUGCUGUUCAAUGUGGACACGGCAAAGCCGAUGGUGGACAGUGCCCUGCUGACAAGGGCAACGAAUUUGAUUUUCAGAAGGCCCUCAUCUACGUGAUGACAGCCAUUUGCAUGAUGAUGAUGGUGGCGAUUUACUACCUAUGGAGAUGUGUGAAAGGAAUGAACACUGAACACAAUGUGCUGGAGCUCCAAUUGCAGCUGGGCGAGAACGUGAAGGACAUCAACAUCCUUUACAGAACCUUGUGUCGUAGUGCUGGACCUCAUCCUGAGGAGCCCUCUGCAAGCAGAUCGAGGACGACAGAUCGACGUCCUGCAGAACCUGAACCUGAUGGAGAACUUGGUUCUGCAAGCGAGCCUGACAGAGAGAGACCCUUCAACGAGACGGCCUCGCGAUCUCGCGAUGACAGUGAAGAUCGAGUGCAUGUCGAUCCAUCUGACGACAUGUCUUUGGAUGAAGUGAGGCACGACAUGAAUGCCCAUGAGAGAUACAACAGAAGGAUGCGCAACCGAUUGCACAUCAUGAACAUUGAGUCCAACAACAUGGAGGUGUAUUUGUACGCCUUGGUUCAACAACAUGGCCCUGACUAUGUAGUGCCGCUGCCGGACAUCAUCGAGCUCUACGAGGAGCAUGCAACGAGCAUGGAUGCACCGGGCGAAUACCGUGCCCAUGAGCAGAUGAUGCAUCAGCAGUUCGCUGAUGGUUCCUGGCGCUUCAUCCUCAUCGAAGAGAGCGAGGAAUUCGGUUACAUCAAUGUUGUCAAAAUGAAGGAGAAGGCCAUGUCGGAAGGAGAGCGCAAGCUUGGUGGGCUUGAUGCCGACGUGCAAUGUAGCAACGCCAUCUUAGGCGAACAACUGCUGACUAUGUCCGGGGCGAUUGGUAUGGAACAGCGGCUGAUGUGGCGUGUCAUGAGCAACAACCUUGGCGACUUGAAGAAACUGAGCCGAAACCCUCCGAGACGAACUUGUAGCGCCUUUGUUGUGCAGCUGUUGGAGGCGGCUGAUGGUGGCUGGCGCACCUCAGCGCCGCAGCAGUUGGCCUUCCGGGUUGUCCCGAUGCGCUUCGGCGACUCGGAUGCUGAUGACUGUCCCUUGCCCGGCGAUUCCCUCGUUAUCAAGUCCGUCCCGGAUUUGCGUUCCUUCGUUUGCAUUUUGCCCGACCCUGUCGCGUUUCCAGAUCUGCCUUUUCCAGCCGCUGCAACCAGGACCGAUGAGAUCGGCACCGGGCAUGCCACCGAAAGAAGGCGCUUUGCAGUGGCUGAUCGGGUGAUUCCGGCCGAAUCCCUUUCAGGAAAAGACGGCACCCUGGACGACACUGGAGAGGACGAGGACGAGUACACCUACCCCUUUUUGGAUUCCAGACGUGAGCUUUCACCUGAAUUGGUGGUGGAUCCGAAACACUGGGCGAGAGGGAACUCGCUUGGAGAAUGCGGCGAGAUGUCAUCGACAGAGAUCAAGGGACCCACGGCUCCACUACUCUUGAGCCUUCCCAGUCAGGAGCGAUAG